CUUCACUUCUUCGUUCAAAUCUCAUUCAAAAUUCAAAAUCUCUCUUCUCUCUCCAGCUUUCUCUCUUUCUCUCUGCAUCCAAAUUUUACCUCAACAACCACUAUGCUUGCAAGCCUCAAAUCAGAAGAAUCCAGCGGCCAGUUGCAGCUGGUUGAACGCGAAGAUAUGGAAGAUGAAGAAGAUCUCUUCGAAGCAAUCGACAAGCUGAUUUCCCAAGGCAUUAAUGCUGGAGACGUGAAGAAGCUUCAGGACGCAGGGAUCUUUACAUGCAAUGGCUUAAUGAUGCACACAAAGAAGAACUUGACUGGAAUCAAAGGUCUAUCUGAGGCUAAGGUUGAUAAGAUCUGUGAAGCUGCUGAGAAGCUUGUGAAUUCUGGUUAUAUUACCGGAAGUGAUGCACUGCUCAAAAGAAAGUCUGUGGUUCGAAUUACAACUGGAAGCCAGGCACUUGAUGAAUUGCUAGGAGGUGGAAUCGAGACACUGUCAAUUACAGAAGCAUUUGGAGAAUUCCGAUCAGGGAAAACGCAACUAGCUCAUACUCUCUGUGUUUCCACUCAGCUGCCAACUAAUAUGAAGGGAGGCAACGGAAAAGUUGCUUACAUUGACACAGAAGGAACUUUUCGACCUGACAGAAUUGUUGCCAUAGCUGAGAGAUUUGGCAUGGAUCCAGGGGCUGUAUUGGACAAUAUCAUCUAUGCUCGUGCCUACACUUAUGAACAUCAGUAUAAUCUCCUCCUUGGUUUGGCUGCAAAAAUGGCCGAAGAACCAUUUAGACUUCUGAUUGUUGAUUCUGUGAUUGCUCUUUUUCGGGUGGACUUCACUGGAAGAGGAGAGCUAGCUGAACGCCAGCAAAAAUUGGCACAGAUGCUUUCUCGCAUGAUUAAGAUUGCUGAGGAAUUCAAUGUUGCAGUUUAUAUGACAAAUCAAGUCAUAGCUGAUCCAGGAGGUGGCAUGUUCAUAACUGAUCCAAAGAAACCAGCAGGAGGCCAUGUGCUAGCUCAUGCAGCCACAAUAAGGCUGAUGUUCAGGAAAGGGAAAGGUGAACAGCGUGUGUGCAAAGUGUUUGAUGCACCAAACCUUCCAGAGGCUGAAGCAGUGUUCCAGAUAACACCAGGGGGCAUCGCUGAUGCAAAGGACUGAAGCAGCUGCUUCUGACUUUUGAGAGUAUUCCACAAUAGAGACUGAUUAGUUUUAGUAAAUUUAAUCUUCUUGAUAUUUGCUUAUAGUUUAUAUUAAAGUGUUAUUACUUGAACACAGUAUAAUCCAGAAAUAUCAUGUCAGUACCAUUUAUAUAUGUUUCCUUUAUAAGAGUAAGCAGCUGAUAUUUGGCAACUAUAACGUAACUGAAUAUUUCAAAACUUUAUUGUCAUUGACUUUCUGGGGUGAGUUGUUUCUUACAUAAUAAUAUCCAUCACAUUACAGUUUAAGUAGGAGGCAUAGAUAAACUUAAAUGAAAUAACAUCAAGCUAAGACAGUGAAUAAUCUUCACUUUAUGAUGAAUCAGAGUGCAAGUCAAUAUUAUUACAUGAUAUGUGCCAAGCAACUUGUAUUUUCAUCAAACCAUAUCUCUGUUCAGCAAACUAAUAUGAUAAGCCAAGUCUCAAUAGAUUAGAGUGCCUCAUUAUCAGUCUGAUGGGAACAGAAAACCAGAACUUGAAAAUUCAAUGAGUACAGCUAAGAUAAAAGUCUUGGUUUAAACAAAUAGAAUUGCAAUUAGAUAUUAUUAGACCAGUUAGCCGCACUCCCAAC